AUGGCAUCGAUGCCUCCGGCUGGGGAAAACUUGAAAACUUACAAACUCGUUGUCGUUGGAGAUGGUGGCGUCGGGAAAAGCGCCAUCACUAUCCAAUUUUUUCAAAAAAUGUUCGUUGUGGACUACGAUCCUACAAUCCAGGACUCGUACAUACAGCACAUGGAUAUCGACGGACAAUGGUGCAUUCUUGAUGUUUUGGAUACGGCGGGUCAAGAGGAGUUCAGCGCCAUGCGAGAGCAGUACAUGAGAACGGGAGAUGGUUUCCUCCUCGUGUAUUCUGUCACGGACACACAAAGUUUCGAGAGCAUCGAAAGUUUCUACACGCAAAUUCUACGUGUGAAAGACAAAGAUAAGUACCCGAUGUUGCUCGUGGCCAACAAAGUGGACCUGGUGCAUUCGCGCAAAGUUACCGAAGAGGAAGGUCGAAAGGUUGCGCAGGAUCUUGGCAUUACAUAUCUCGAGACUUCCGCCAAGGAUCCGCCACAAAAUGUCGACCUUGCCUUCCAAGAAAUCGUGCGCAUAAUUCGAAACGAGCCGCAAAAUGACAGCAACUCUCACCAUAAACGCGGGAAGAAGAACUGCUCGGCAACCACUGUUUUCAAUGGAACAGAUUUCUCUGAAGAUGAUGUCAUGAUACUCAUGAAAAGAACAGGCUUCACUUUCGCCGCGGUUCCCUCUGUGCUGAUGCCCAGUUCACUGGGUGGUGUAGUGUUCAGUGUGCUUUAUACUACGGUGGGUGGAGCACCAGCACCUAUUUCAACUGUUCACGUUCCUUCGCUUUUGGCCAACGCGUCCAAGGAAAGCAAAAUUCAUCGACUAGUUCAGCUGAUGGUAUAA